UGCAACGCGGAAGGCUGCGACAGUACCGGGGCGGCGGGGAAGGACCGAGAGGCGGGAGGCGCAGCGGCUGAGGCGCCUACGAGCUGGUGGCCUGAACGAGGUAGACCAUGACUGUGGCUUUAGUGGCGUCACUCGCUGGGCCGCUCUUCAUGAGGUUUUCCUAAGCCAUCCCCUGCCGGAACCGCUUCCAGUUUUCGUCCAGAAGUGCUUAUAGAAAAGAUGGCUGACAUUAACCUAAAAGAAAUAACCUUAAUAGUAGGUGUGGUUGCUGCCUGCUAUUGGAACAGCCUCUUUUGUGGUUUUGUUUUUGAUGAUGUUUCAGCAAUACUGGAUAACAAAGACUUGCAUCCAUCUACACCUUUAAAAACUUUAUUUCAAAAUGACUUCUGGGGAACCCCUAUGUCUGAGGAGAGAAGCCACAAGUCUUACCGUCCCUUAACAGUAUUGACAUUUCGCUUAAAUUAUUUGUUAAGUGAACUAAAACCAAUGUCAUAUCAUCUCCUGAAUAUGAUUUUUCAUGCUGUGGUUAGUGUGAUAUUUCUCAAAGUAUGCAGACUUUUUCUGGACAACAAGAGUAGUGUGAUUGCUUCUUUACUUUUUGCAGUGCACCCAAUACACACAGAAGCAGUAACGGGAGUUGUUGGAAGAGCAGAACUUUUGUCAUCUAUCUUUUUUCUAGCAGCUUUUUUAUCAUAUACCAGAUCAAAAGGACCAGACAAUUCCAUAGUGUGGACUCCAAUUGCAUUGACAGUGUUUUUAGUGGCUGUUGCAACAUUAUGUAAAGAACAAGGAAUAACAGUUGUAGGAAUUUGCUGUGUGUAUGAAGUGUUUAUUGCCCAGGGGUAUACUUUGCCAUUAUUAUGUACUACUACUGGACAGUUUCUCCGUGGAAAGGGUAGCAUUCCAUUUUCUAUGCUACAGACAUUAGUAAAACUCAUUGUCUUGAUGUUCAGUACGUUAUUACUUGUUGUAAUUAGAGUCCAGGUUAUUCAAUCCCAACUUCCAGUAUUCACCAGGUUUGAUAACCCAGCUGCUGUAAGCCCAACUCCUACAAGGCAACUGACUUUUAACUACCUCCUUCCUGUGAAUGCUUGGCUUUUAUUAAAUCCUUCGGAGCUCUGCUGUGAUUGGACCAUGGGAACAAUACCACUUAUAGAGUCGUUACUAGAUAUUCGAAAUCUGGCCACAUUUACUUUCUUUUGUUUUCUGGGGACUUUGGGAGUAUUCAGUCUCAGAUACUCUGGUGAUUCCUCCAAGACUGUUUUAAUGGCGCUUUGUUUAAUGGCAUUACCAUUUAUUCCUGCAUCGAACCUUUUUUUUCCAGUUGGAUUUGUUGUUGCCGAGCGAGUAUUAUAUGUUCCCAGCAUGGGAUUCUGUAUUUUGGUAGCCCAUGGAUGGCAGAAAAUAUCAACAAAAAGUGUGUUUAAAAAGCUAUCCUGGAUUUGUCUGUCUAUGGUGAUACUCACUCAUUCCUUGAAAACAUUCCACAGAAAUUGGGAUUGGGAAUCGGAAUAUACUUUGUUUAUGUCAGCCUUGAAGGUAAAUAAAAAUAAUGCCAAACUAUGGAAUAAUGUGGGUCAUGCUCUGGAAAAUGAAAAGAACUUUGAGAGAGCUUUGAAAUACUUCCUACAGGCUACCCAUGUUCAGCCAGAUGAUAUUGGUGCCCAUAUGAAUGUAGGAAGAACUUAUAAAAAUUUAAAUAGAACCAAAGAAGCUGAAGAAUCUUACAUGAUGGCUAAAUCACUGAUGCCUCAAAUUAUUCCUGGUAAAAAAUAUGCAGCCAGAAUUGCCCCUAACCACCUAAAUGUUUAUAUCAAUCUGGCUAACCUGAUCCGAGCAAACGAGUCCCGACUGGAAGAAGCAGAUCAGCUGUACCGUCAAGCAAUAAGCAUGAGGCCCGACUUCAAGCAGGCUUACAUUAGCAGAGGAGAAUUGCUUUUAAAAAUGAAUAAACCUCUUAAAGCAAAGGAAGCAUAUCUUAAAGCACUAGAGCUGGACAGAAAUAAUGCAGAUCUUUGGUACAACUUGGCAAUUGUAUAUAUUGAACUUAAAGAACCAAAUGAAGCCCUAAAAAACUUUAAUCGUGCUCUGGAACUAAAUCCAAAGCAUAAACUAGCAUUAUUCAACUCUGCUAUACUAAUGCAAGAAUCAGGUGAGGUUAAACUCAGACCUGAAGCUAGAAAACGACUUCUGAGCUAUAUAAAUGAAGAGCCACUAGAUGCUAAUGGCUAUUUCAAUUUGGGAAUGCUUGCCAUGGAUGACAAAAAGGACAAUGAAGCAGAAGUUUGGAUGAAGAAAGCCAUAAAGUUACAAGCUGACUUCCGAAGUGCUUUGUUUAAUCUGGCUCUCCUGUAUUCCCAGACUUCAAAGGAAUUAAAGGCUUUGCCAAUUUUGGAAGAGUUACUCAGAUACUACCCUGAUCAUAUCAAGGGCCUCAUUUUAAAAGGAGACAUUCUGAUGAAUCAAAAGAAAGAUAUACUAGGAGCAAAAAAAUGUUUUGAAAGGAUUUUGGAGAUGGAUCCAAGCAAUGUGCAAGGAAAACACAAUCUUUGUGUUGUUUAUUUUGAAGAAAAAGACUUAUUAAAAGCUGAAAGAUGCCUUCUUGAAACAUUGGCAUUAGCACCACAUGAAGAAUAUAUUCAGCGCCAUUUGAAUAUAGUCAGGGAUAAGAUUUCCUCAUCUAGUUUUAUACAGCCAAUAUUCCCAACCAGUAAGAUUUCAAGUGUAGAAGGACAGAAAAUUCCAACUGAAAGUGUAAAGGAGAGUAGAGGUGAAUCCAGACAAACACAAAUAGUAAAAACAAAUGAUAAUAAAAGUCAGUCUAAAUCCAACAAACAAUUAGGAAAAGAUAGAGACGAAGAGACCCCCCACAAAACAACAAAAGAUAUCAAAGAAAUUGAGAAGAAAAGAGUUGCUGCUUUAAAAAGACUAGAAGAGAUUGAGCGUAUUUUAAAUGGUGAAUAGCACUAAUAUUUAUUGUGACAAUGGUAUCAAAGAACAUCAAUCCAUAUCAUGUGAUUGCUUUUACUGGGAGCUUUGAAAAAAAGUUCAAGGGUUCCUAAUAGCCAAUCAUGAGCUGCCUUGAAGUAGGAUCAAAAUAAGAUUUUCAUUAAAGACCUGUAUUAUCCCAGGAUGUAUAUUAUAUAUCGCUGUUUUCAGAGUUUGGGUGAAUAUAGCAGAAAUAUUACAGUGAAAGUGACAAAUGUACAACUUUUAUUAUAGAAAGAAGGUGUUUCUGGCAGUGUAAUCUUUACUGCUCUCAAUUAAAAAUAAUUUUGAGGCCUGAAUGAUAAUCCCUUGAGGACAAAUCCAACAUAUGCUGGUUUAUUCUGUUAAUUCCCAUUUAUUCGCCUACUUCAUUUUUCUUGCACCUCUUAGAAUCUAUGAAUUGAAAACACUUAUCGAACACUUUUUUUAAAGUAAUUCUGUUUAAUCAAGGGAUUUGCACUACAAAAGAAUACUGGCUUUUUUUUUAUGUUGAAUUCCUUAGUUGAGUUUUAGAAGGAAUGCUGGAUGAAACAUUUUAAAAUAAGUCAUGACAUGUUAGCUUGAGAAUGUAUUUUCAUAACUGUAUACUUGUUUUUAACUUUAAAUGCAGUUUUUAAUCAGGUAAAGUUUGACAUAUAGCUACGUACACACAUUUUUAAUGGUGCUCAUAUAUACUGUACUUUUUGUUGUUUGAUUUUACUUAUUGAGAGUGUCACAACAUGACUCACAUAAUCAUGAUUUUUUUUUACUUUUACUCCCCAAACUAUUCAUGUUUCUUUAGGUCGUAGUCAUUGAGAAGUCCCAGUAACUCUAAACUUUUGAGGUAUAACAUAGUAAACUUCUCUUUCAUCUUUGUGUUAGCUCUCUAGUCUUAACUUGAAUUUUAAUUUUUCUGUUUCCAAAGUCACAAUUUAAUUAUUCUUAGAUACCUUAAGCCACUGAAUUCAGUUCUGUUUGACUGAAAGCAAAACAAUGUGACAGUUUAUUUUCAGACACUAACUUCUUGAUAUUUUGUUAUGGUAUAUCUUUUUAUUACAUAUUUAUUUUGACUACUGAGCUUUCGUAAAAUAUUUGAAGCUAUUUUAAUCAUCAAGUAUGGGAAACAAAUUGUUAUUGCAUUUUCCUAUAUAUGCAUAUAUUAUGGUUUAACCAGAAUUGUAUCAUUUUUGGCCUAUUGUCUAGCUAUAAAAGAUAAUUAGCCUACUAUAGUAUUAAUAAACUUUUCAGUUGGUUUGGGAAAAUUUAAACCUGAAAAAUAGGUUAAAAAGUAGUUACAAAUUAAACUUACUAAUUUAAACCUGAUUUUUUUUUCUUGAAUUAAAAUACAUUUUAAAUGAGCUUUAUAAUACCUUAAAAAGUUGGUUCUAAUUUAAAAUAUGAAAGCUCUGGCUAUCAUCCUGGGAUAGUAAUUUAUAAUUAAGUAGUAUUUCAAAAACUAUAUAAUUUUUAAUUCCUUCGAGAUAACUAAUUUCUAAUUAUAUGUUUCAAAAACCAUAUUCCUGUAAUUUUUUUAAGAAUUGUUUUAUAAAUAGGCCAUAAGAUACAAGGUCUGCAUUAAAAACCCACUUUUACUAGGUUCCCUAAGGAUCUGCCAUAGAUCUUUUUUUUUUUUUUUUUUUUCCAGGUAGUUUAAAGCAAGCACUGAUACCAGUGGGAGUUGGUCUUGAUCUAGGAGACUCUGUUAAGCAUCCAAACAAUGCCUAAUUUCAGUUCUUAGGUUAUGGGUGUGACUCCAGAUAAAAGAUGUGGAGAAUACCUCAUGUACUAUGACUUGAAAAUGAAAUCUUAAAAUUCUUAUGCUCUCUCCAUAUAUCUUAAGGAAAAGUUUCUGGGUGUGAUUUAUUUUGCCAUAGUAUCAAGUGGAGGGUGGUUCAGAAAAGUAAAAGGAAAUCUUUUGUGACAGCAGACUAUAAUAGAAGUUUGAGUAAUAUUUUAAUAAAUUUAUAUAAUUAUUCAAAUGAUAAAAUGUAUUAAUGUUAUCCAAUGAUUUAUAUUAAAAAAUUACCUUAUUAACACUUAGAACUGUGCCUAUUACAUAAAAAGUGCUCAUAUAUUUGAAUUUUAAAUUAUUUACUUAAAUCAAGACCACCAUAAGUAAUUCAUAAUUUAAUAAUUGUUUUAAAUCAGUGGUUUUCAACCCUCACUUCAUAUUAGAAUCAUAUGAGGACUUUUCAUACAGAAUCCAUCUCAUAACAAUUAAGUCUAAAUUUCUGGAAGAUGGAGCCAUGCUUGUUUUUUGAGUGGAUUCUAAUUUGUAGUCAGAGUUGGAGACCACUGCUCUAAAUUAAUUCAGGGAAAUCCUUUUAUUUCUCCCAUGUUAACGUUUAAAAUUCGUAAUGUACCCAGUUAAGUUUUAAUGGUUUAAAUUCCACUAAAGAACAUGUUCUUCUAAUAAUUAGCAUUUGUUACAUGAAAUUUAAGAGCUUAAGUUUCAUCAAACUAGCCCUUGUGUAAGAUUAUUAUUUCUUAUCUGUAACUUCAAAAUAGAUGUUUCAUUCAAACUAUUGAGGUGAGAAAAGGUAAUGGAUUUUUUUUUUCCUCUGGAGCUGCCUGUUCGGAGAGAUGGAGGAGGUGGGCACAUAUAAGGUCAAUUCAGUAACUUAUGGUUCAGAGUUCUGAUCAUAUGUAAGUCUGGAAAAGAAAGCUUAUCACAGGUUUGUAUGCUGGUGAAUGGAUAGAGUUUUAAUUCUCACUGUCUCAAAAGAGAAUCAGCUCUCCAGCAGUUCUAGAAAAGCUUUGACAAUCCCCAAAGGGCAGUGUUACCUUACUCCUUCACUGCUUCUUAGGAGGUAGAAUUAAGUUUCUGGAAUUACACCUAUAUGUUUUCUUAUUAACAUUCAGAAUUGGGAAUAUUAAUUUUUGCAGUGAGUAGUUUUCUGAAAUUGGUAACUUGGAGAGUAAAAUAAUGUAUUUUGCUUUUCAAUUUUGUGUUUACUUUUAUGUAAAAAUUUUGGUAUGUGAAUUACACAGUUCUAAUAAAACCUCAUGUCUUUUCAUUACAUCUAAUUUGAACUCACAACUUCAUGUUACAGAAUGCUUCUUUAAAGAUGCUUUAAUGAAAAGUAUUAAGAAAAUAUAUAGAUUUGUAUGUCAAUUUAUACUUCAGAAAUCCAUAUAUUUGUCAUAUUUAUUUUUUUAGAAACCUCCUAAUUGGAUAAGUAGAUGGUAUUUAAAAUGAAUGCCCAAAAAUCUCUUGUAUCUUUGUCCAGAAGUUUAUCUGUUGGAAGCUGUCAGCCAUUCAUGUAGAGAGUUUAUAAGAAAAGAAUUUAAAAUUGUAUGCAUUUUAUAUUACUAUAGUAUCUGUGUACCAUAUUUCUAAAUAUUCAUUAUUAAAUUGGUACUUCUUAAAAACAUAACCUGGCUUGCCUUUUAGUGUUAAAAAAAUACAAUAUUGUAUAUACAGAAAUUUCUUCCUUUAUGAAGAAGAGCUGACAUGUAUCAUAAUUUAUUUGCAGUGAUCUGAGAAAGACCUUAAAUAAGUUUCUGAGAGUGAUACAUUUUCAAACAUGAGUGACAACAAUCAAAUUAAGAAAAGGAAACAAUUCAGACUUAGAAUUUUAUAGGAAUUUCAUUUCUAUAUCAGCCUGGUAUUGCCUCUGGCAUAACUUAGAGGAAAUUGUUCUACCUAUAUGUCCUCAGUUUCUUCAUCUACAAGUUGGGAAAAACAUUUUCCUCUUAAAGUUAUGAAGAGGAUUUAUAUAUUUAUAUGAUAUAUUGUAUCUAUUAAUAUAUUUAAAUUGCUUAGAGUUUCUAGCACAUAGCACAUAAUAAAUAUUAGUUAUUAGUAUAAACACAAGGCUUAAAGUUUUGGAUUUGAUCCAUAUGACUUAAUUUGUAUUUGUGCUAGUAGCUGUAAUGUUAGUGACAGGAUAGCAAGCAAACGAUUAGAAAUCUAAUAGUAAUGCUUGUUCCUUAGCUAUCUAUGCUAACAAGUACAUAGAUGAUAGCCUAAAAUUAAAUCAUACUUAAUAAAUUAAGCUAAAAUGCAUAACUGAGAUACCUUAAAAUUGUACUACCUUGUGCUGUUCACUGCCAUCGGGGAGGUAGCAUAAAACGAAAGAUAAAGUCUGAAGACUGGAUCCAGGCAAAUUCGUGUUCUUUGUAACUCACUUUCUUCAUCAACAUUUCUGUGACUCAAUGGAUAGCAUAUUUCGAUCAGGUAGCACGUAUAACGUGAUGCUUUCAUGUUUCUGCCUUAAAUAAAAUAACCCUCAAAAAA